AUGUCUCAAAGCCACCUCUUGCCCCAACUCCAAGGAUGCCUGAUGGAACCAGAGGAUUUACAAUGGGACGUGUCUGGCCUCUGGAUUCAAAUCAAAGCUGAGUGUUCUUCAGUUUGGGUAUCAAUUGGAUUGGAUUCUGUCUAUCAGAUAAAUAUUGUGGAUGAUCUACGGAAGUGUAGUGGUUGUAUGAUCCAUUUACCAGCAUCAUCCCACCUGUUGUGGUGGUGCUUCCAACUGGCAAAAGAAAUAGUUACCUUUCUGGGAAAAAAAAAAGUUUUAAGUUUUGCUACCUUCUGGAAAAAAAGUAGUUUUGAGUUUGCUUGUGAGAUGGUGAAUCCAAAUGUAACUGACAUCAGUGUUUAA